GAAGAUUAUCCGGAAAUGCAAGAGGAAAUUCAUUUGGAAGAUUUCUUUUGGACAGGUUCAGGCGAUGCACCACCGGACUAUUUAAAGAAAGUACACACAGGCAUCAGUAAAGGCAAAGAUGUGAUUGUUAAAACGGAAACUGUAGUUGCAACUGUUUAUGUGGAUGGCAACAAUGAAAUAGACAUACCAAUUUGUUUGGAUUGUCUACCAGACGAUGGAGGUGGAGGUAACAAUGGCAAUUGGGGUUUCAAAGAAGCACUGCCACAUAAUUAUUCGGCUACAGAUAGACGAUAUUGGCUGCUUACAGUAAUGUCAGGAUUCUACUCACAGAAAGAUAAUCCAAUGCUAGAAGAAAAAUUGGCAAGGCUCUAUCGUUUAGCAUUUACAAGACAGCAAUCUAGACAUUUGGGUAUUAAUGGCAUUCAGGAAAUAGCAGGACUUUCUGUGCCAAUCGGUAGAGAAAGAAGAGAAAAUAAUGAUGAACCAAUUUUAAGCAGUACAACCGCAAGAACAUCAGUAUCCGAUAUUGAAAUUGUUGAUAUGGCCAAAGAUAACAUACCUAUUACUCAAAAUAUUUCCCUUAAUCAAAUAAGAAAUACCAAAUCGGAAUUAGUGUCUUCCGAGGAGAGUGAAAUGGAUACACAUUUAACCAGUACAGUAAUUACAACUAUAGAAAAACAAUCUACAAGUGAAGCCACAGAUUAUGUGACUUUCUUACCUUGGGAAUUGAUACAGCAAAAUGGCAAAUCAGAGAAAUCAGAAAAAAGUAAAGCGGCAGCUAUACUUAAUCCAUUUAGUCCAACACAUUCACCUCACCCAGUCUUCAGAAAUGAUCAUGUACGUAUUGUGAUACAUAAUAUCAGUCAAAUUACAGAGGAUGAUGUGCAGAGCGGCAAUUUCGGAAAUACAUAUGAUGACGAUGUUAAUAGUAAAUUAGAUGAACGUCCAAUUGCGAACCAAACCGAACUGAUCUAUUCAGUUUUUGUUAAUGGUCGUCCGGUUUUGGCAUCGACGGCCGCAAAUGACAUGAAAUUAGUAAGUGAAGCAGAAGUUUCAGAUGUGAUUGGAAAAGAGAUUUAUAUGAAAGCCGAACGUAUUUCAGCUUAUUUACGUGAACCUCAAGCUACUCCACUUGCUCCAGCUACACGCAGCGGUUCAGUUGGCUUUAUUGAUUCUAUACAAAACAACACUGCGUUGGUUGUUGUCAGUUCCAUUGCUCUCCUGUUGCUUCUAUUACUGCUCAUUGCUCUCUUGCUAAUGGGUCGUUCUCAUGUACGUGAGAAACAUAUUGAGAAUACUAGAUCAACAAGUCGUAAUGAGCUACUAAGUGAGAACCAGUCAGGUAGAGUAACAUCAAGUGCUACUGUUUUAGAUACAGAACGCUCCACGAUACAUUCUCGCGAUGUUGGUGUACAAAAUAUGUCGUUCGAGAAGGAGCAAAUACAUAGAAGUAGAGAAGCACGUAUACAGUUUCCAGGUCCACCACAAAAUAGACGUGGCUCUAUUACUUCUACAGAUAACACAUCAGAUUCAUCUGUUUAUUGUCCUAUAAAUCCACCGACUGCAGACGUUCAGCGUAUUUUAGACGAAAAAGCUGCUAACUUAUUUGAACGCCACAAAAGGCGACAUCACCAAUAUGACCAUGCGGAGGGACGCGAAGAAACCGCUUACACUACCAUUCUAUCAGAGAAAAAACGAGAAAAGCAGCGUUACAAAACUAAGCGACGUUAUUUAUCGGAAAAUCGUGUGGGUUCACUCGAGACAAGCCCAGUCCAACGGCUUGGAAACUCAUCAGGUGACGAUAUUGCAACAGAAUCUGUAGAUGGUGAUACAGUAUCUGUACCUGGUGCUUAUCAAAACUACGAGCGUGCAGAAGCUUACAAUCCACAUAAUAACUACCAUCGUAAUAAGCUGUUACAUCAAAAGAGCUUCUAUGUUGAUCCCGAGCCUAGCCAUUCAAAAGGUGUGCAUCAAUUACAGACCACUGAAGCUAUUAACAAAGAAAUUAUACGUACAUUACAACCAUCGGAAAAGUCUUCAGAUACUGGUAGUAUUGGUUCAUUUCUUUCCAUGGCAUCUGUAAAAGCAUUUCCAAAGAAUACUCUGCCGGAACCACUAAAUCGCGUCUUAGAUCCAGUUUUUGUUACAUAUUAUGAUAAUGUGGAGAACACAGUGCCCCCAUCUGGUAAAUCACAUAAGUCACAACGUCGACAACGUAGCCAAAAAGAUUCGCUGGAUGGUACAACUAUUGCAACCAUUGAAAGUUUUCCAAUACCGAAAGCACCGAUGAAAACUCAAAGAUUAACCUCCCAAAGUGAUAAUGCCGAUCCUGGUGUUGUGGGUCCGAUUGUUUGGGAGAGACAUAAGAAAUCAAUGAGUGGCGAUAAAGAAACUGGUAAUGAUAAAAACAACGAUGGAGUUUAUGCAGGUUCGAAUUUUAGUCCGAUUCGUGAUCCUGCUUCUAUACGAAAUCAUUACGGAGAUUUACUCGAAGGCGCCAUGCAAAUGUAUACCAGCCACGAUGAUUUGCCCAUGCCAUUACCCACAAGAGAUUUCACUAAUAAUCGCAAGCCUACUAAACGUGAGAAUCGUGGCUCUUCCGCUGGUAUACCAAGUUAUAGUAGCAGACCGCAUAGUUUUGAUAUACGUCCGUCCACCGCACAACCAAAAACAACGCCUAAAUCAAAUCAAUCAACACAGCCACCAUCACCGACCACCGGCGCUUGGGGUGGCAGUCUUUAUGAUUCACACUCCACACUGGUACGUCCAAUGAGUGCUGGUCCAAUACAGUAUCCAAUGUCGAAAAUUAUGGGCUCUGGUUUGAAAUCGAAAGCAAAACGUACAGAUUCUUCAGCUGCACCGAUUAUUGAGGCAAUUCAAAAUGAGCUACGCAGAUUCAAAGAAGAUAAAAAAUGAAAAAUUUAAUUUUAAGCAAUUUAAUGCAUUUAAUAGUUCUU